CGACAACUGCAAGUCAUAUCCGUACACCCCGCACCUUGUGUUUCUCUGGUUUCUCGGUCGUUGAAGACUAUCUUUGCAGAUGUCUCUUAACGAGUCCGACAGCAGCAACUGCAACCUGACUCAUUUUAGGUACCCUCUCUUCAAAAUCACCUACAGCCUAGUGCUGGCUCUGGGGCUUCCUCUCAAUGCUGUCGCUCUCUGGAUGUUUGUACGCCGACUUGGCCUGAGGAAAUCAGUCACCGUCAUCUACAUGACCAACCUAGCCCUGUCUGACCUGCUCUUCACACUCUCCUUGCCUUUACGCAUUGCCUACUUCUCCACGGGAAGCUGGACACUGGGAGAUGUGGCUUGCAUGAUCCCAGGAACGCUCUUCUCCGUCAACCUCUACUCCAGCUCCUUCUUCAUCAUGUUGGUCAGUGUGGAUCGCAUGCUGGCUGUGGUGUACCCACUGCGCUCUCGUCCUGUCCGUACCACCACCGUGGCCUGGUCCACCUGCCUGACCGUGUGGCUGGUCAUCGGUGCGCUGGCCGUGCCCGUGGCCCUCAACCACCGGGCCAACAAUGACAUGAAAUGCAAGGUGUUUCGCUGCUUUGAGCACUAUAGUGAUCAGAACUGGCGCUUUGGCUUCAUCAUUCUUUGCAUCGUAACCGCUGUAGGGAUUGUUCUGCCAUUCUGCAUCAUCCUGGGCUGCACCGUGAUGGUUAUCCGGCAGCUAUGGGGCAUGGCGGCGGCUUCUUCGGCAUCCUGCUCUUCCCCUGAGGUCAGCAUCAAAAUGGUAUGGCUUCUUCUGUCCAACCUGCUGAUUUACGCUAUCUGCUUCAUCCCCUUCCACGUUGUCUUCAUUCUCUAUGGCCUUUACAAGUUGGAGCUCCUGCAGUACAAUUUCUUGGACAUACAAACGGUGACCAUGUGCCUGGCCAGUACAAACAGCUGCCUUGACCCACUCGUCUACUACUUUAGCACCAAAAGCCUGCAGAGGAAGAACUCAUGUGAUUUGCAGAAAACAAAAGAAAAGAAGACAUCUCAUUCCUAUGACUCUGUUCCACUGAGAGGAUUCCAAGAAUUUUCAAUGUGAUGUGAUAACUUCUGUUCGCAUAGGGCUCAAUGCCAGUGGGAGGUUUCAGAAGAUAAGUUACAAGGUUCAUCAUGUCAUGGAAGUACAAAACAAGAAGCUUUUCAUUCAACUUUAUUGCCACUCAAAGGGAUUUAGGUUUGCAGCUAAGAACACUUGAACAGUCUACAUCAGCAACAUCAUCACAUAAUACAACACACCUACGCAAGGCCAUCAAGUGUAAAUACUCUCUUUUUGUAUUUAGGAUCACUGUGUACAGCAGGUUGAAUGCCAAUGACUGCAGACACGAAGGAUCAAAGUAUACUUUCUGACUGUGUCAUUUGCAAACCCAGGAUUACACAGGGGUUCAUAGUGGUUGACUCAGUUUCAGGUAAAUUAAAUAUAUUUUAAAGCGUUUAGAAGCUAAGUAAGUUGUGUUAGAGCAGGAAAUACAUGUAUUGGGGUCAAGCUAGUGCACAUCACCUUAGCACUGAAAAAAGUAAUAUUGGCUUUAGCACUGAAAAAGUAAUAUUGACUUUAGCACUGAAAAAAGUAAUAUUGGCUUUAGCACUGAAAAAAGUAAUAUUGACUUUAGCACUGAAAAAAGUAAUAUUGGCUUUAGCACUGAAAAAAGUAAUAUUGGCUUUAGCACUGAAAAAAGUAAUAUUGACUUUUCUUUUAUUUGAAAUUUCUACAGGAAUUUGCAAAGACUUCCACAGACUAGAACAUUUAAUUUUUUUGUAUAUCUAAAAAAUAUUUCCUGUUAACCAUCAACUGGAUUUUAAAAAGAUGUAUUCAUGGGAGUCAAACUAAGGACUGCGAAAAUGAAUAUUUUCCCUGCUCUAUGUGGUCAGUUUAAUUCAUGAUGGGCUCAGCAAUUGGCUGAUGAGUUGAUUCCGUUGUGUUGAAUUAGGGAAAACACUAAACUCCAUAGUGUCCCCUGGAGUGACUGGUGGCAAGACAUACAGUAUAAAGAUAUCUUUCUGGUGGUUGACUCUGGAUCAUGAUGCAACAAACAAAGCGGUUAAAAACCACAAAGCUUGAGAAAGUUUCCUAUGUUGAGAAUGUACAUGCAGUUAUUUUUAGGGGUCCAAGCACGCUGCCUAAAACUCUUUCCUUUGCAUCAUUUAGUUUCUCCGCACUUGCUUUAAUUAUU